AUGGAUCAACUCUCCAAUGCCACUAAAUAUUAUUCAAAAUUUCUACGUCAGCUAGAAUGUGGUGGUGAUCUGUACCCCGGACAAGGUUCUAGUUGUGUUUAUAAUGAGACACAUAACGGUUCAUGUUCGGCAGAUUGCAUCACAGGACUCGAAGAUUCAGGUGCGUACUGUGGCUGCAGUGGUGAAAGAGGUCCACAAUGUUCAGACAGCCCAAGACAUGUUCGAUGUUGCUUGGAUACAUGUUCACAAGAGCUCAAAAUGGAUUUGGGCUUUGUUCUUGAUGCUAGCGGUAGUGUGCUUUUAGUGAAUUAUAGGCUCCAGCAACAGUUUACGAAAGAUUUACUUCGUCGAGUGGACGUCGGAUAUCAGAAAACACAUGUUGGUAUCAUAAACUAUUCUAAUGAUGUCGAAGUCUUAUCAUGGCUGAAUACAGACUAUGAGCUCAAUGAAAAACUUCGACGGAUCGAUAACGCGACAUACUUUGACAGUGGGACGGAUACUGCUAAAGCUCUAAAGCAAGCAAAUAUUGUUUUUUCGUAUGAAAAGGGUCGGCGACAACCAGAAGAAGGUGCAACGCCAGUGAUAUUUGUAAUCACCGAUGGAGCAAGCAAUAACCAAUCGGCAACCAUUCAAGCUGCCAGUGUUUUAAAAGAAAACGACAUUAUUUUGAUAAGUGUUGGUGUAGGCUCGGGCCCGAGUUUAACAGAAUUGCAUGCAAUUUGUACGCCACCAGCAAGUGAAAACUAUUUUGCCAUAUCUAAUUAUCAAGCUCUUGACAAAAAACUGAAUCAAUUUACGUCUAGAUCAUGCUCAGAACCAGCUACUAUUUCAUCUAAUACGACUAUUACCAUUGAAAUAUCUAAGGACAAAUAUAAAUUUUUAAAAGUUGAAAUCGUUAAGGUUGGUAACAAAAUUUUGAUUACUGCGACACUGUUCAACGGUGAUAUAAAAUUGUUUUAUUCAUUUAAAACUCGAAACCCGAAAGAUCCAGCUGAGUUUAUUGAUUAUCAAGCAAGCACACGUGAUUCUAAUUUAUCACUUUGGAUGCGACUCAAAUCUUACUUCCACCAAUCAUUUAAAGGAAGAAGCACGGCGAAAAAUCGUCUCGUAACUUUAGUUAUCGAUAAACCGGAUAGCGAUGCUGAUUUUGUCUAUCUUGGCGUGAAAGGCGUCGAAAAAGAUAACACAUUUGAAUUGAAAUUUGAAGAUUGUGACAAUAUCAAUUGUAAUUCAAAUGCAUCAAUCAUACAACGAAGUCUUUUGCUAAUCGUUCUUUCUGGCUUCUUUCUUCGUUGA